GUCCUGAGAGGUAUGCACAUCAUACGUAUUAUUAGGCACCCAUGAGGUUAUGUAUGUAGGAGAGAACCGAACAGUUCUAUGUUGGACCCGGGAUCCGUCGAUUCACGUUUUGUGGCUGUGCUCGCUCGCCCUCGUUACUUCGUCAUGUUCCUUCCAGUACUGUUGUGCGUCACCCUGGCGGGGUAUGCCAUAUCCGCCCCUACGAACGACGUCCGACCUUUGGUAGUUUGGCAUGGUCUAGGUGAUACCUACGCCUCGUCUGGAAUUGUCCAGUUUGAAAGCGAGGUGAAGAAGCUGCACCCCGGCAUCUUUGUCCAUUCGGUUUACAUUGACAAAGAUGUCAAGGAAGACAAACGUGCAACCUUUUAUGGCAAUAUCAAUGCUCAGAUAGCUCUCGUUGCUGAGCAACUCGUAUCCAUACCUGAGCUUGGAAGGGGGUUCGAUGCCAUCGGUUUCUCGCAGGGUGGACAGUUUUUGCGGGGAUACGUGGAACGUUACAACUACCCCCCCGUUUACAACCUUAUUACAUUCGGUUCACAGCACAUGGGUAUAUCCGAUAUUCCGCCAUGCCGCUCUUUCGAUUUUCUCUGCGAGGUAGCGCGCCGCGCUGCGAAGGCCGGUGUUUACACGGAAUGGGCGCAAGAACAUUUAGUUCAGGCUCAGUAUUUCCGAGACCCAGACCAACUGGGCCUUUACAUGUCACUCAACGGCUUUCUUGCUAACAUUAACAACGAAGUCAUGCUGCCUACUGCCAGGAAUGUGACAUAUGCCGACAACCUAGCCUCCCUAGAAAACCUGAUCCUGGUGCUUUUUGCGCAAGAUGCGACAGUUAUCCCCAAGGAGAGUGCUUGGUUUGGUUCGGAAGCACCUUUGGAAGAAUUUGAUACAUUUUCCACACAAUCGCUAUCAGACUCCCAUGAUGACCAACAUCCUCUUAUUAAACUUCAUCAGCGCACCACUGCCAGAUCCAUCGUCUCCAUGAAGCAGCAACCACUUUAUAUCGACGAUUACAUCGGACUGCGUGGGCUUGACGAACGCGGCGCGAUCACUUUGGAGACCUGCCCGGGAGGGCACAUGCAUUUGACUGGCUGCUGGGAAGAUCUCGUGCGGAAAUGGGUUGGUCAGCCUUUCUAAGCAGACGUAGGAUACGACGGUAUUGGUAUGGAUGCAAUUUUCUGUAGUAUUGUUCGAUGGCAGUAUGGACAACAGUCGAGCAAGUGAUCGAGUCAUACAAUACACUUGUGGCAGUUGCGCC